CUUUCGCACUCGACCUUCUCCUUUGUAAACAUUCUCACUUGCUUCUUUGCUUGUGAAAUUGAACUCUCUCUUUCUCUCGUUCUCUCUCUCUCUGAGACAUACGAGCGCACAAUCCUUUUUGGGACAGCAUACUAGCUGUUUUCCUCGUACAUAGAGGCGUAUAGCAAGAAAAUCUAGCAUCUAACGUCUGAGCCAGAGCUGAGCCCAGCUAAGCCAAGCCUAAACCCGAGCCCAGUCAAGUUGAGUCACGUCGCUAUGGAUAUUGCCAUUCAGCAUCCUUGGUUCAGACGGGCCCUAAGCUCCUUCUACCCUGCCCGCCUCUUCGACCAGUUCUUCGGGGAGGGCCUGUUCGACUACGACCUCUACCCUUAUGCCACCUCAACCAUCAGUCCUUUCUACCGCCAGUCAGUCUUCCGCAACUUUGGCGACUAUGCCAACUCAGGCAUGUCUGAGGUGAGAUCUGACAGAGACAGGUUCUACAUAUACCUGGAUGUGAAGCACUUCUCCCCUGAGGAGCUGAACGUGAAGGUGAUAGAUGACUGUGUGGAAAUUCAUGGCAAACAUGGGGAGAGACAGGACGACCAUGGCUACAUUUCACGUGAGUUCCACCGCCGCUACCGUCUGCCUGCCAACGUUGACCAAUCCGCCAUGACCUGCUCGCUGUCCUCCGACGGCAUGCUGAACCUCUACGGCCCCAAGACUGGCUCUGGCUCCGACGGUACACGCUCUGACCGCAAUAUCCCCGUCAUCCGCGAGGACAAGAGCAACGCCGCGCCCUCCUCUUAGACGGGCACCACCA